AUGUCUUUAAGUCGUACGGCCUCGGCCGCAAUGCCGUUCCUGAUAGGGAUUUUGGCAGGCGCUACGCUGUUGACAAUUCAGCAGAUCGUGACGGGAGGGAACAUGUCGUUCCCCAUCGGUUCUUCGUCUCUCUUUGCUUUUAUGAAUCCAGCCAACCAAUCCAUCCCGCAACACGUGGGUAAGCCUGAUUGGCUGGCGUCUUCUGCUUCGAUCGGCGCAGCUAAAGAAGAGAUUCGCUAUAAGACGGACGCAGGACCUGUAGAAAGCAAGCUGAACGUGCAUCUGGUAGCACAUUCACACGAUGACCUGGGAUGGACGAGCACCAUUGACAAGUACUACGUGACAUCAGUACAGUACAUUAUCGAGACUGUUAUUGACCAGCUUGAGGCAAAUCCUGACCGCAAGUUCAUUCAGGUGGAACAGGCGUUCUUCUAUCGGUGGUGGCAGCAGCAGAAAGAGGACAUGCGCACGAGAGUGCGUGCUCUGGUUGCGUCAGGUCAACUCGAAUUCGUCAAUGGAGGGUGGGUGAUGCACGACGAGGCCACCACACACUACACCGACAUGGUCCACCAGAUGUCGCUGGGGCUGCGCUUCCUGCGCUCCGAGUUCAACGUCACGCCGCGCAUUGCAUGGCAGAUUGACCCCUUCGGCCACUCCGCUACUCAAGCCAGUCUCAUCACGGCUCAGGCUGGGUUUGAUGGGAUAUUUUUCUCGCGGGCAGAUUACCAAGAUGUGGCCAAUCGGCAACAAGAAAAGAAGGAGGAGUUUGUGUGGCGCGCAUCGAAAACAUUUGGAAAAUCGGCCCAGGUUAGCACUUUCUUGCAAACUAGGGGCUCUCAUGACAUCCUUGCAUUGCAUUGCGUCUCACCGUAUUCUUGA